AAUGAGUUGCUGAUGCGAGGAUGAUUCACACGAUGUGUGCUUGGUGUCCGAUAAACACAAGGGAAAAACCAAAGCACGUUUAAUUUUAUAUGCAGAAUCGAGUUAGAGCUUUCAUACCAGUUUGUUGGUGAUUUGUAGUGCUUUCAAAGUCGUAUUCACUCACGAUGAGAGGAGAAAGAAUAAGUCGAAAACCUCUUGCUCAAUGGCGGAGAAAACCCGAUCGAUCGCUGUGAAUUUGGAAUAUUGUUAAUAGAUGUCAUUAUAACGGAAGGUUUUAUUCCCAGUAGUGAACCCCCAUGUCGCGUCCCCAGGGACGAACCACCCAUGGGCACAAGGAGGAACAGUAUGUGGGCCCCUACAAGUUGGAGAAGACCCUGGGAAAAGGUCAAACGGGUCUGGUCAAAAUGGGAAUUCACUGUGUCACAGGAAAACGAGUGGCCAUUAAGAUUGUCAACAGAGAGAAACUCAGUGAAUCUGUUCUAAUGAAGGUUGAACGAGAAAUAGCCAUAAUGAAGUUGAUAGAGCACCCCCAUGUUCUAGGUCUUUUUGAUGUGUAUGAAAAUAAAAAAUAUUUGUAUUUGGUUCUGGAGCAUGUGUCGGGAGGUGAGCUGUUUGAUUACCUGGUUAAAAAGGGUCGACUCACUCCCAAAGAGGCUCGCAGGUUCUUCCGUCAAAUCAUCUCAGCUCUAGAUUUCUGUCACAGUCAUAAUAUAUGUCACAGAGACCUAAAGCCAGAGAAUCUGUUACUAGACGACAAAAAUAACAUCAGAGUGGCCGAUUUUGGUAUGGCUUCUCUGCAGGUGGAAGGUUCCAUGUUAGAAACCAGCUGUGGCUCUCCACACUAUGCCUGUCCAGAGGUGAUUCGGGGUGAAAAGUAUGAUGGAAGGAAAGCGGAUGUAUGGAGUUGUGGAGUUAUACUCUAUGCUUUACUAGUUGGAGCUCUUCCUUUUGAUGACGACAAUCUUAGGCAGCUUCUUGAAAAAGUGAAGAAGGGAAUAUUUCACAUUCCACAUUUUGUCUCCCCUGACUGUCAAAAUCUGCUUCGAGGAAUGAUAGAAGUUAGUCCAGACCUCCGAUUAACAUUAGAACAGAUCCACAAGCAUUCUUGGGUUGUAGUGGGUUCAAAACAAGAUUAUGAUAUGGAAUUACCUGUCAUGCAAAUUGUUCAGACCUCUGUGUUGCCCUCUGUGGAGGACCUUGACCCAGAUGUUCUGUCCACCAUGAACUCUCUACAGUGCUUCAAGGACAAAGACAAACUGGUCCAGGAACUUCUUAAUUCAAAACACAAUACAGAGAAGGUGGUGUACUUUUUGCUGUUAGAUCGUAAACUCAGGAACCCUAGCAUUGAAGAUUCCCACGAUAUAAGACUUCGCUCAGAAUCAGCUGACCCUCCUCGGAAGCGUGUGGAUGCUGUACAACUGAAUCAUCAAAAUGGAGGACAACCAAGACUAUCACUAGGAAGCAUCAGUGAAGGUUCACCAGUAGCGUCUCGCCGAGCACUUGCUGUACAGAGAGUCCGAAAAGCAAGUUUAUCCAGCAGCCCUAGCAGUUCCCCAAUUUCCAGUGUGAGAAUCCCUGCCAGGGGCCCCACACACAGCCCCUCAGCCACACCCCCAGGAUCCCCCUCCAUUCAAAACAACCCCUGGAGAUCCCGGCUUCACACCAUCAAAAAUAGCUUAAUGGGCUCUCCUCGAUUCCACAGGCGAAAACUCCAAGGUAUUCCAUAUGGUAACCAUGGUAAUGGGUAUUAUAAGGAGGUAGCUUCGCCACUGUUGACAGUGCCUACAGAAGAUAUCUCCAUGACACCAGACUCCUCCCCAGAGAUGACAAAGAAAUCUUGGUUUGGGGCCCUGAUGGGGAGUGAGAGGGAGGAGCAUCACUUUAUCAUGGCCCAGGAUAAACCCCUCAGUCAGGUCAAAGCUGAUCUAGUCCACGCUCUGCUCUCGACUGCAGACCUGAGUCACAGUGUCAUGUCUGCCACUUCAUUCAGAGCAGAGUACAGAAGAUCCGGAAGUUCUGCCAUGUUUUCCAGAAAUGUCCGAUUUCAAAUGGACAUAACUCCAACACACGGUGGAAAUCGGGAUAGCGUUAUGUACUGUCUCACAUUCACACUUAUAUCAGGGCCCUCCCGACGCUUCAAAAGAGUAUGUGAACACCUCCAGACAUUAAUGCUGGGGCCUCGAGGUGAUGCACUGAACCAGCGUAAGAUCAGCACAGACAGUGCCUCCUCCUAUACCUCAGAAACGGGGGAAUCCCCACGACACAGCAGUUCAACUAGAGAAAAUGGCGAAGAGGAGGUAUUUGAAAGAUAUCCAAGUUAUAGAAAUUCAAAGACACCAACUCCAACAAGAAGAGAGGUUCCUCGUGUAAUUACAAACGGCAAACGGGCCAUAGUGGACCACAGCUUUAGGAAAGACAAACUCUGACACCUCAGACAUAAUGUAGCCCUGUCUAUACUUCCUCUGAUGUCUUUAGAUGAUUGACUGUAUCUACUAGACUUAAUAGUACACUGCCAAUAAAGAAAUGGCCGUUCUGAAUAGGGAUUACUGUGAUUAUUGGAGUGAAUUCAAUGAAAUUGCAGAAGACUGUGAAUAUGUUUAAUAGCUAAUGAAAGGCAAGUAUUAUAUGUGAUUUUUUGACUUUGUUUAACUGUCAUACAUCUUAGGUUGCUUUUUAUUUGUAUGAGUACCUAAUCAUUAAAGCAAAUUAUUAUAGUUAAUUACUGCAACCUUUUUUUUAUCCAUCAUCUCACAGAGUCACGACUGAUAGUAUUUGUAGUUCAACAUAUGUGCUGAAUUUUAAAUAUGCUAAAAUAUGUAUAAUAUUGAAUGUUAAGUUAUAUGAAAAAAGAGCGAAAGUUUGCGGAGGUACCCACACUUUAGUGAGUGAUUGUAAUGAUAAUUGCUGACACUCCAGUACAAAACCCAAUAUAAGAUACACAAUAGUAAUUUCAGCAUUGUACACAAGGAGAUUUUUAAGAACCUUUUUACUUUUGCUCAAGUGCAGUACAAAAUGAUUUUGCUUUUGUUUAAAACUAGCCGGAUGUUUUCCCAGUUACAAAGUAAAGAAGUGUGCUUGUUGUUUCAUUGACUUAAUUUACCCAUUGACAACAAAUGUGUUAAGGGCAAACAUGAAAUGGAAGGAAAAACAGUAAAGAUUCACUUAAUUGAAGUCAUUUUCUGUGAUUAGAUAAUGUGCUUGAUAUUGCAAUAGAAUUUAGUGAUGAUUUUUUUUUAAAUUCUAGAACAGUAAAUUAUGUUGAUGUAUGGCAUCUAUUUUGUAAUCAAGUUCAUAGUAACACUAUAAGAGUUAACCAGUUAUUUCUGUGUGAUAUGAUGUGAUAACCCUGAGCAGGAAUGGAAUCAUCAAAAAUGUUAAAGGUGUCAGAAAAGGAAUUUUUAUAUAUCAUACUGUACUAAAUUAUCACUGUAUGCAUGCCAUUAUGAAUAUUUAAAGGUAGAUGUUUGCCAAAUACAUGUACCGUUUUGAAUUUUUAAUGUGAAGUAACAAAUGUGCUAAAUAAACUUCUUUUCAUUGUAAUUGUGUAACAUUGGCUCUUGUAAUAUAACAUUUUUGCAUUGUCGUUUUGAUCAUCAUUUCAUCAAACCACAAUAUGAUUUUAUUCUCUAUGUCCUCUUCAAGUCUAAUACAUUUCUGAGGACAUUUUCUUUGAAAUAGAUUUUUUUGAACAUUGCAACUAUGAUUCUUUUUUCAGUAAUCUUCAUAUAAUUUAAGGGUAAAUGCCAUGAACAUAUAUUAUGAAUUAUAUUUUAUCAUACUGAACAGUUGGCAUGCAACAUUAUCUUAUGUUCAUUCCAGCAGGGCACUUUGUGAUGUAAAGUCUUUAUGUUUCUUUCACCAUGUCUGAAAAUAAAAUAAAAAACAAUAAAGACUACCA